AUGCUUCGACUGCAACAACUUCCAUUGGCCCUGCAAGUCAUAUCAUUACUAUUCGCCUCAACCGCAUUCGCGGAACCAACCUCGCUUAAUGACCCUCUUCGUGCCAUAGCGCUGCACGCGCCAAAGCGACCCGGUCCCCCAAUAUGUUGCUUGCAGUCCCAGUCAUCACAGCUAGAGGUACCGGAGGACGAGGUUCUGUUGUCGUUCGAGGAAUGGAAAGCGAAGCAGCAACAACUCCAGAACAAUCAGUCGAACAACAAACAGACAGAGCAAGAGAAUUCAAGCAAUUCUGGUGCUGGAAACAAUGGGGCGACGUCUGGAAAUGAAGGAAACGGUCACGAUCCAGCAGCAGGCGCUAAUGCUCAAGAUGGAUCACUACCAAUAUCCCACACAUACGAAGAGUUGGCGUCAAUACAUCCGGCAGAGACAGUCCUUCCUCAUUUCCAAGUACCAACAACAGACCGAUUCAACUAUGCAAGUCUCGACUGUUCAGCUCGAGUACAUACCGCUCAUCGCGGAGCCAAAUCGGCAGCGUCAAUCCUUUCAUCGAAGAAGGAUCGUUAUAUGCUCAGCCCUUGCAAGACAAAGGAGAAGAAAUUCGUGGUCGUGGAACUAUGCGACGAUAUCCGCAUAGACACCGUGCAGUUGGCGAAUUACGAGUUCUUCAGCGGUGUCUUCAAAGACUUCAGCGUCAGCGUGGCCAAGACCUAUACCGACUCUGAGGGCUGGACGCAGGCCGGAACAUAUCGAGCGAAGAACGUGCGAGGGGUCCAGACAUUCCGCUUUCCUGAAACCCUACGCGAUUUCUACCGUUACAUUCGCAUCGACUUUCAUUCCCACUACGGGAAUGAAUACUACUGCCCAGUCUCGUUACUUCGAGUGUAUGGUCUAACUCAUCUGGAGGAGUGGAAAUGGGACAUUUGGAUGGCGGAAAGCAAGGCCAAGCAGGCGGAGGCCUUGAACAUCAAACCGCUGUCCAUUGAAGCACAAUUAUCCGACGAGACCGCUGAAUCGACGGGGCGCGAAGGUCCCUCUUCUCGAACAGAAAACGAGCACGGAGGCAUCGACGCCACCAUCAUCGAGACAUUGGCAGCCCUUUCAAGCAAGGCCGCGGAACUUUCACAGCCUGUUUCGAGCGACUUGGCCUCGGCAAUCCCAGACGUACCACCCUCCAAUCACAAUAUACAUCCGUAUAGCCCUCCGCCACCCAAACCUGCAGAACCUUACUCUCACGAACUUCACGACCCACCUUCUCAUCAUGACAGUUAUAUACCUUCGCAUUCUACAGAUACCUUCGCUAGCCCGGGAUCAGGAUCCCCUCAUUCAGCGACAAACACCGCUCCUUCAGUCCCACAACCUCCACCAACUGCUUCGGCCCCAUCCUCAUCCACCGCUGUGGCAACCUCUGCGGUUUCGACGUCAACCCGCGCAUCGCCCAGUGAUUCUCCUGUUCACGGCAAAGCCCACAACAAUACAUCCUCAUCACAGCGAAGCAGUUCCCAAGGCCCAUCGUCCGUAAUCAUCCUUUCAUCUGCUUCUGCCGCACCAAGUCAUCCCACCGGCGUUCCCCCAAUACACGCUACCACUGGUGGAGAGUCUGUUUAUCGAACGAUAAUGAACAAGCUCACGGCGCUAGAAACCAACUACACUCUUUACACUCGCUACAUGGACCAGCAGAAUGGUGCCAUCCGGGAACUCAUCAAGCGACUGGGAGAAGACAUCGGUCGUUUAGAGGGCGUGACCCGUGCGCAAAGAACUCACAGUCAAAAGAUGCUGAAUGAAUGGGAGAAGCAGAGACUGCAAAUGCUUAUCGAGUAUAACCAACUCGUUUCGCGGGUUGAGCACCUCUCUGAAGAGAUCCUUCUCGAAAAGCGUUUAGGCGUUGCUCAACUUUGUCUCAUGCUCGCGGUCUUGAUCUUUAUGGGUCUCACGCGAGGUUCGCGGGGGGAAGCGAUCGUCGUCAACGGGCCAACCUCGAUGCGAGAGUGGGGGAAGCGCCAUCUUAGUCUCAGUGGCGACUGGACGAGUCGGUUCAGACGUAAGAGCAAUGCAGGUCAUUCGGCGGCGAUCCGAUCCAGGCCCUUGACUGCUAAACCUGCUUCACCGUCCAAGAAAUCUGCUGCUGCUACAGAUGUCGAGGGAAAGGUCGAGUUCCCGUCGACGGACGACGCUCCAUUGAAGAAACGGCCUUUGGAACCUAUACAGGUCAACAAUGCCGACACACCCACUUCCUCUCGUGUUAAGAAGCUCUCACUUACUCGUUCAAGAACACCAUCUCUCAGAACAAACGGUACUGGUAAACGAGUUCCACACACCGCACAUAUCCCCCGACCUCAAACACCUACACCAAUCCGACCUGUCUUCCACCACCGGGAUUUAGGCUCCCACUCUCUUCAACGCUCAUCCUCUCACGGCGCACAGCUCUCAUCCGGCCGCUCAGCCAAGAGCGCCAAAAAGUGGGCCCGCACUGCACAUCUACAUCCAGUCAAAACACCCUUCUAUCCUCAGACGAAUUCCGAAGCUUUUGCCCAGAGCUAUGAUGGGUCGAAUCCUUCAGUCGGAGCUGGGGGGAGCAAUGCGAGUGAUCUGGGGUAUCAGGAUGUCUUUUCAGCGCCUGCUGGCUCUUUUGCCUUUCCCAAGAAGGCGGUAAGGGAGCGAGACUUGCCCGGGACUGGGAAUACGCAGGAGCUGAGUCUCACGAGGGAUUCGCUGGAAAUUUGGGAUAGCAAGGAUCAUGGAUGGAGGAAACGGCGGCCGUCGGCGGCGGGGAGGAGUUCAGAGAAUGUGGUCGCGGAGAAACUCGAGGACGCGGACGCCGAGAAUAACUGGAUUGACACAGAUAGUGUUGUCGAUUCUUCGGAUGUCGAUUCGAUGGGAUUGUCUGGUCAGCUAUAA